GGGAGUCUCUUAAAACCUCACUUUCUUAUUUUUUUAAAAGGUAUCUUGACCACAUACUUUUAACUUUAUGGUGUUAAAGGUUAUAUAAGCUUAACCUUGGGCAAUGCUAUAGCCUAAUUUAGAAGGAAAUCAGGUGAUAGCCUUCUUUGUCCUCUAUUUUCUUUAAUUUUUCUUUGAACGGAGAAAGGAAACAAAUUAUUAGAAGCAAAGAAUGGCUUCCAUUUAUUCUUUUAUUCUUAGAACAUGAACAAAACAAACCCACCUGGUAGGUCCCCAGGUAAGUGGUUCUGUCGUAUAUUUUUUAAGUAUUUUCCACAUUACAACUACCUGUGCUCUUCUUAGAAUCAUGCUCUAGACAUUCCUUGGCUAAUACACCCAGAAAAUAAAGGGUCCGACAAGAUCAGCCUUUUUAAGUUUCCACUUUUUUCUACUCCUCUGCUAAUGAAGCUAUUUUGAGAGGUUUCAGUGAAUCAGUAAAUAGGCAUCAUCACCUUCAUAUAAAUUUAAAACUCUCUUAAACUCAUAUCAAACAGUUAGAUUUCACCCUUUUUUGGCUGUUGAAAAAUUAUUACUUGUUCUGAGUAAUAAAAAAUAUUUAAAGUAAUUCAAAAGUUAUUGGAGGGUGUUACUUUCUUUAUUUCUCAAGUUGUUGCCUGAUAAAAUAAGAAUAAUCCUCAAAAUAAAAAUAUUCAUUGGGAUUUCAUUAGAAUUAUGUUCCCUGAAAUGUACAGUAAUGUUCUCAUGGGCAAACAUUUUAUUUCAAGGACAAAAAUGAAGAAUGUGAGUGUGUUAAUCUGCAUUGUAAAGUACGACAAGUUCAGAUUAAGCUACCUGGAAACUUGGAAGCCAAAGGAGUGCCUACUACGUGGCCACCCAGCUUGUGAUAAUCUGUUAUGGCAGCUCUAAGAAACUAAUAUAUCCAGCAUAUCCAACUUUGACAUCAAAUUCCUGUCUGAAGAUAAGGACCAACUGCCACUCUUAUUCACUCUCUUCCUUCCUUGGGCAAGGUGUCAGGAACAAAAUUAAAAUGAUUAAAUGAGACAUCAACUUUACUAUAAUUCUGAUGGUCACAAGAUGAAUGGAGAAAAAAGUGUCUCUAGCAAGAAUAAGGACGAUUUCCUUAUGUGAAGAGGAAGAGAUUACAGGGAUGCACAUGCACAGAGGAAAGGCCACGUGAGAACAUAGCAAGAAGGUGGCCACGAGCAAGCCACACAGAGAGGCCUCGGGAGACAUGAACUCUGCCAGCACCUUGAUCUCGGACUUCCAGCCUCCAGAACUGAAAUGGAUGAAUUAGAGCUCUGUGUAAGUCUAAGACGCUGUAUUAAUUCAUGUGAGGAAGACACAUGCAAGAAAAGAAAAAAAAACCUGAGCUGAAAAGAUGGAGAAAAGAGGUAGCAAGAGGAAGAACAAUGAGCACAAUCUCUCAAUGUCAUAACUGGACAUAAGGUUGACCAUGUGAACCCCAAGUAUAAUUACCUACAGGGGACUCAGUGCCGUGAACCGGCCCUGACAGCUUUGGCAAACAGUUGUGUUUUGCUUGAACUGGCUUAUGGAUUUAUCUACCACGCAUGGCACAUGGAUAUUUUUGUCACUGGAUAUUUUACAACAGCUGUGAUCCUGAUGGGGGUUUAGUUAACCAAAGGCCCCUCUGCAUGCAAGCGGUCACCAGGCAUCUAAUGGGCUGAGAGCUGAAAUGACAAUAAAGCGAGCAGAACCAUGCAGCUGUGGACCAAAUAUAAGGGAAGAACUGCUGUUUGCUCACUGGUGGGGUGCAGGUCUGAGAGCAGGCAUCGCCCACGCCAGGCUCAUCGUGCCUUCCCUGGCCAGCACGCUCUCUUCAUUGGCUUCCAUGCUUGCUCUCUAUUGUGAGAACAGAGUCCCUCCGGUUUUCAAGAACCAUGCCAAGGAAGAAAGGAGAAAUCAUCAGCCCGAGUUUUUUUCUGAUAAUUUUUUACGGCAGUUUCCAAACAUCAAGUUUGAAAGUUUUACACACCUUCAGAGCUCCUGGUUCUUGGGCCUUUGGACCGAAGACUUACACCAUUGGCUCCCCUGGUUCUGUGACCUUAAGUCUGACACUGAAAUAUACCACCAGCUUUCGUGGUUCUCCAGCUUGCAGACAGCAGAUUGUAGGACUUCCUGGCUUCUACAACCUUGUGAGCUAGUUCCUAUAAUCUUCUCAUCUGUAUCUCUGUAUAUUCUGUUUGUUCUGUUUCUUUGGACAACCCUGAUUAAUACACUUACUUUAAUACUAACGGAACGAGAUUACACUGCAAAGUAUACUCGUCUUACUGGUUUAUGAUAGAAAAAAUAUUUUAACAUUGUUAGAGAUCUAGUCACAUAUUUCUGAUUUAGAAGUAGAUACUGGCUUUUCUUUUUUCAGAUGAUUAUCCAUUUAUAUUGAGAUGGAUUUGUCAUUUUCAUCAUUUAAAUGUUAAUAUAGUGAGUUUUAUUAACAAAUUUCCUAAUAGAAAACAUAUUUACUUUCCAUGAAAAAAGCUUUUAAGAUAUUUAAAAGUACUGUUGGGUUUUUAUAUGUAUUGUUUUAUUAUGUUCAUCUUGUAAGUAGAUUGGAAUGUGAUAUUUUUGUUGUAUGCUUUAAGUAGAUUAGCUAACCUAAGUUAUUUAGACUGGAAUAAAAUUUACCUUUUUGCAGACAGUUUAUUUAAAAUCAAAAUACAUGCUUCUUUUGUGCUUUGACACAUUUACAUGGCAAAGAUUUUUGCUCUGUUACUGUUUCUAAGAUUUUCUAUAAAUUUAUCAGUGAAAUUGUGUCUAGCCUUUUUGUGAGCCAAGUCUUUAAUAACUUUUGAACUUCUUUUAUAUUUAUUGUCUGAUUCACUUCUUUAUAUCUUCAGUUUGGUAAUUUAUAUUUUCCAUGUUUUCAAAGUAAUUUUUGUUAUA